AGUGCAGUGUCCACACCAGCGUGGGCCUCUAUCACGCGCUUGUGUGCGCCUGUGCUAGUGCAUUCAAAGAAGAAGAACGAAGAAGAACGGCAGUUCCCAGCAUUCGUCACACGGACCGUUGGCACUUGGCUGUUAAGAAAGCCGUAGUGCGCCCGGCUGAUAUCACUCGCCGUCUCCGCUAGCUGCAGCAGUCGUACCACAGUGCACACGUAGCCAUGGUGGAGCUAGACCGCGCUGAGUGGGCAGAAAAGACGGACUUGUUCCUGCUCUUCUUCACGGCCACCGUGGGACUGGGUAACGUGUACGCUUUCCCGUACGCCAUCUACACCAACGGAUUCGGCGCCUACCUGAUUCUGUACGUGUUCUUCAUGGCGGUCGUGGGCCAGCCGCUGUAUCUGCUCGAGGCGGUCAUGGGCCAGUUCAGCUCGUGCGGGCCCCUGCACGUGUUCGCCUGCUUCCCGCUGUCCAAGGGACUCGGGCUGAGCAUGUGCACGCUGGCCGCCAUGCGCGUCAUGGACGCCGGACUGGUGCUCACGCAGGGCAUGCUCUACUGGGUGGGCUCGUUCACGCCGCGCAUGCCCUGGAUGACCUGCGACGCCGGCUGGGGCGCCGAUCUGGCAACCUGCUACGUUCGCUCCCCGGGCAUACGUCUGUGCGAGCCCGCGCUGGAGAGCGUGGUGGCUGACAACGCGGCGCUCAACCUGACUGACGAGAACCGGCUACACGCGGUUCCCAUGCUCUACCACGGACGCGUCGUGCUCGUCAUCUACGAGUACUACUUCAGCCGCCUGCAUGGGUGCGUUCUCGCCAACCAGUCGUCCGCCGAGCAGUACUACACGAACCACAUCCUGAACAAAGGCACAAGGGCCCUCAGCCGAGACCUGGUGUACUGCUCGGCCGCCGUCUGGCUGCUCAUAUUUCUCGCUUCGCUUAACAUACGCACGUUCAUGUGGUUUCUUCGACUGGUGGCGCCCUCCCCCCUGGUGAUCCUCACCCUGUUCCUGUUCUUCACCAUGCAAAAGAGCGGCGCCAUACUGGGCAUCUUCACCAUGCUACACGUGCGCGAGAACGCCUUCUACGACCUCAACCUGUGGCACAACGCGGCCGCCGACGUGCUCGGGUCGCUGGGCAUCGCCACGGGCGCCAUCUUCGUCUUCGGCAGCUUCAACCCGCUGCGGACGCCCUUAAAAGGCGUGGUGCAGAGCGUCAUCGCAAUGGACAUCGCGACAAGCAUGGUGUCGGCCUGCCUCAUGUUCUCCGUGCUGGGCAACCUGGCCUUCGUGACGGGUCAGGCAACGGAGACGUACAUCCAAGGGGGCUCGACCAAGAUGUUCUUCAUGCUCAUCAGCGAGUACAUUGGAGAGGCCAACUACCCGCAGCUGUUCGCCUCCCUGUUCACUCUGACUUUGCUCCAGCUGGGACUCUGUCAGGCGGUGGCCGGCGUGUGGAUGCUGGUGACCAGCAUGACGGACGAGUUCCCGUCGCUGCGGCCACUCACGGGUUCCCUCAUAGCGGCGGUCUGCAUGAUCGGCUGCGUGGCGAGCGUGCCGUACGCGACGCCGUACGGAUACGCCAUCGCCCUGAUGGUCAAUCGGUUCGCCGUGCACAUUCCAGUGCUGCUGGUGGCCUGCUUGGAGACGCUGUCGUUCGUCUGGGGAUACGGCGUCGACAGGCUGCUGUUCGAUGUGAAUUUCAUGGAACAGGGCAUGCUGAGCCGUUACUGGAUCCGCUGCUGGAGCCUGUGGACGCCAUGCGCUCUGCUCGGAGUCCUGGUGGCGACGUUCGUCACCCUCCAGGACUUCUUCAAUGAGCUGGAGGUCCACUACGACGUGCAGGCGAAGCUGGCGUGCCAGUUCCUGCUCAUCGGCUCGCUGGCCGGCAUCCCAGUCCUGCUCAUCACGUGGCUCCUGGAGAACAACCUGGACGUGAACCUGUCUCUGCUUCCGUGCGCGCACUGGGGUCCUCGGGAGGCUCUCUACUUCCGCGCCUACCACGAGGCCAUCAAGCACUCCGACCUGCCGGCGCAGAAGAAAGUCCAUAAGACGGACAGAAAGGAGACGGUGGCUGAGCGCUUCACGCUGUACCUGGUGCGCCACAGCCCCAAGUAUAUGGGACGCUUCAUCAAGGGCACCACCCCCUCACCCGCCCAAAUAUUGUUCACGCGCCGGGUUAGGGACCCCUUUCCCUGCGACUAGCCGUCGCUCCAGCUAGGGAGGUCGAAAAGCGCCCCAACGCCUUUUCUUUCUUUUUCAAUAAAUGUCGAGGAAUUUCACACAUUGGA